CUUGGUUGCUUUAAGGAAUUUUUCAAAUAUUUCUUUUUCUCCCAACAAAAGAAAGUCUUGUCAGCCAACGAAGACCACGAAGCGCUCGGUUGCCGGCUCAGGCUCCGUCUCUGUCUCCGCCACUUCUCUUUCUCUCUUCUCGCACCAUAACAAAGAAACCAAAGUCAAGCUCUCGCGGGGGAACACUCGUGAUCUCUUCAUUUCCUAGGGCCGAUUGAGAUCAUCCGUCUGGGUGGGUUGAGAAAAUGAAUAAUCAGGAUUAUAAUCAAAUGGACGAGAACUCAGCCUCAAGAGGGAAUUUCCUGUAUUCAUCGGCAAAUAUGGGAGCUAAUAGUAACUACGGGAGAGGAAAUCAUGAUCAUCAGUUGUCGGUCAACAGCUUUCACCUUCAGUCAACCACCGCUGGAGGUGGAGGAGAUCACUGUAGUAGUGCUUUUCAGUCCAGUACUACUGGGGGCCCUAAUCAUCAUCAUCAUCAUCAUCAUCAUCACCAUCUCCCCAUAGUGAAGACUGAAGCUAGCACUUCUCACCAUCAACAUGUUCAGAAAUUUCACUACGAUCCUAAUCUAAUGACUCGGGACCAUCAUCAGACGGUUCAGCAAGUUCACGAUCAUCAUCAGUUGCCAGAAAACCAGGAUGAUCAACCUCACCGCUCUAAUAAGGAAGUUGAGACCAUUAAAGCCAAGAUCAUAGCUCACCCUCAGUACUCCAAUCUCUUGGAAGCUUACAUGGAUUGUCAAAAGGUGGGUGCUCCGCCUGAAGUGGUGGCUCGGCUCGGAGCUGCUCGUCAGGAUUUUGAGUCGCGGCAGCGAUCUCUAGUUAGCUCUAGAGAGACUUCAAAAGACCCAGAACUCGAUCAGUUUAUGGAAGCUUACUACGAUUUGUUGGUAAAGUAUCGGGACGAACUGACUAGGCCCAUUCAAGAAGCUAUGGAUUUCAUGCGACGGAUCGAAACUCAGCUUAACAUGCUCAACAAUGGUGGUCCUGUACGGAUCUUCACUUCCGAUCAUGACAAAUGCGAAGGGGUGGGUUCGUCGGAGGAGGAUCAGGACAACAGCGGAGGAGAAACGGAAGUACCAGAAAUAGACCCACGUGCUGAAGACAGAGAGCUAAAGAACCACCUGUUGAGGAAAUACAGUGGUUACUUGAGUGGGCUUAAGCAAGAGCUUUCCAAGAAAAAGAAAAAAGGCAAAUUGCCCAAAGAUGCUAGACAGAAGCUUCUCAAUUGGUGGGAGUUACACUACAAGUGGCCAUAUCCUUCGGAGACAGAGAAGGUGGCUUUGGCGGAGUCAACCGGUUUGGAUCAGAAACAAAUAAAUAAUUGGUUCAUAAAUCAAAGGAAGCGACACUGGAAGCCUUCCGAAGACAUGCAGUUCAUGGUUAUGGAUGGUCUGCAUCCACAAAACGCCGCUCUCUACAUGGAUGGUCACUACAUGGGCGAUGGUCAUUACCGUCUUGGGCCAUAGUAUAACGUAUUGCCUUUUCUUCUUCUUCUUCUUCUUUUCAUCUUCUUCUUCUAAUAAUAAUAAUAAUAAUAAUAAUAAUAAUUAUAAUUAUAAUUAUAUAUAUAUUUAUAUAAUAUGAUCAAGAAUUAUAUAGCUGGCUAGCUUGAAAAAUUAAGCUGAGUUAGUUAAUUAUUUAAUAUUUCUUCUUAAGGCAUAUAUAGUUGAACUUAACUUCCAAGUUAUAGUCUUUUGUGAUUUUAAGUAGUGAAGUUGUGAAAUGUUCUAUAUUACAAUAUGAUUUUUUUUUCGUUCUGUUAUUUAUCAAUUAUUUCGUGUUGGUG